GUGAGUGAGUGAGUGAGCGAGCAAGCGAGGGAGGGAGAGAGAGAGAAAACUUUUCAGUUUUAAAGAGCGAGAGGAAGCGUGAGCUGGAGUCCCAACCAUGCAGGAGGAGCCAGAAGAAACACUGGGAGGUGCCAGUAACAAGGGCUCGAUGUGGUUAUGCCCAUUAUGCCAAGAAAGUCAUCCAGACCGUGAGAAUCUCUCUCAUCACCUUUCGGACAAACACAGUGUCCUCCCAGCCUGCCUUGAUAAGUUACUGACUAUUGCUGCUCCUAAACGCCCUUCCAUUGCUGAAGAUGAAGACUCCAAAUCCCCAAAUCAUACAGAUGACACAUCUCAGCUGAAUUCAGAGAACAGAAAUUCCCCCACACUGGCUUUCCAAAAUGAGAAUGAAUCUACAGAUGCAGGUGACAAAUGUGGUUCUUCUGAGGAAAAAGAGCUGGAUGAAGAAAUUGAGGGGGGGAGAAAUGAGGAAAUUGACAUGGGGGACCUGGAGUCAGAUCAGGACAAUGGGGAGCAAACUAUAAAAACUUCAGAUGCAUCUGUAAGCAAUGGCAGAUCUGUCUGCAAAAACAGCGUAGCUUCUGAAUGUGAUAACCGUCCAUUCAAGUGUAAUGCAUGUUUGGAGUCAUUUCCAACUAGAACGGCUUUGAGUGUGCAUUAUAAUUCAACCACCCAUAUUCAGAGAAUGAGAACCGGGACGGUAAAAGACAGUGAUUCAAUCCCUUUCCUGUCUCGACCUUACGUCUCCACCAAACCAUACCAGUGUGCCGUCUGUCGUGUCUCCUACAAUCAUGCCAUUACCCUGGAAAGUCAUUUAAAAUCUGUGUUGCACCAGAGUCGCAGCAGGAGUGCUGGGAAUGCUACUCCUAGUUCCACUGCAAAUACAGGAACUGGAACCGUGGGUACCAGCUUGGCUGCAACCACUGUUGGAUGCACCGCACAGUUAGUUACCUCCACCAGCAACUGUGUCACCCAAGCAAACACGACUGCAACAGCAGUAACUACCAAAGAUGGAGAGCAGGUGCAGCCUCAGUUAGCUCCCUCAUUACUUUCUUCUCCAGUGGCCUCUGCACAAGCAAUGUCUGCGAUUCUCACUCUUCUGACUUCCAGCCCAAAUUCUCUCCCACACUCCAUUCUUCCUCCUCUAUUCACAACUGGAACAUCUGCAACUCCAGGGGCAGCUACCCCACAGCUUAUACCCCAGCCUCAGAUGCUCAUGCCUCUGGUGUUGAAUGGGCAAAUCCAGGGCCAGAAUCAAGAUUCUCCAAAGCAACUUUUGCAGCAGGCAGUGCCAGUUCUUGGUCUCAGUGCGGCACAACAGGCUCUCUUGGCUCAAAGACUCAGUGGCUUACAAAGUCAGUGGGCUGCAUUUGGCCUCCCUACCACUAAAAUGAGUUUAGAGGAGGCCACCAAGAUGGCAGAAAAGAGUAAAGACAUGGGAGUACAAUCCAUAAAAGUUGAGCCUUGCGAUCAGCUAAUGUCACUAAGAUCUGAAGAGGACUGGAAAAUUGACGGGGUAAAAAAAGAUUUGUGUUUUAAAAGUGAGAAUACACAAUUGCAAAGUGAGAACAUGAUGGGCGAUGGCACAACUGAUGAAAAAGAGCAUGAAGAGAAUGAAAUGGAUGUCGAAGGAAAUUAUGAAAAUUUGUGUGAGGGGGAAGAUGCAAACUCUAAAGUAACUAAAUCGUUAGUUACCCCAAUUUUUCAGCAUAGUAGUCCAUUGUCAUGUGUUUUAGAUCCUAAUCAAAGUCUCAGACAUUCACACAACAUUAACAGCUCUGGCACUGCUAACUGUACCUUUCGUAACACUAAUUUUGCCUUACGAUUUGCAGGCCACAGAAGUGCUAAAGAUCAUUUACUCUUGUCUUCGGGACGACCUGUGCUCACUGAGUUUCAGUCUCAGGUUCUUUGGGCGUUCUUAGAGUCUCGAGAUGAUGCUGAAACAUCUAGUCCUCAGCGGGAAGACUGCGAAGCCCUAGGCAGGGAGGUAGGGCUAAGUGGAGAAGAGGUACGAAAGUGGUUUUUAGAUGCCUGGCAAUCCAAAGAUAGGGACAGAUUAGACUCCUUCCAUGAUGAAAGAGACUUAAGUAUGGAGGAAGAAGAAGGUAAUUUAAUGAUAGAUGAGAGUGAAGAUGGACACAGCCCAUCAGCAACAGGUAGUCAUGCCAUUGACCUAUCAGGUAGUGGGGAGAGACACAGGAUUGGUAAGGGAAGUCCAAGAGAAUUGUUGCUGACUUCUGACUCUGAAAAUGAAGAGUUCUACACAUCAGUUAUUGUGACUGAUGAAGAAAGUCAGAGCAGCUCUAUGAGAGAAGAGUCAGGUAGCCCAAUCAAACAGUCUUCACAGGUAGAGCCAACUGCUGAAAGGUCAAGUGGUGGUGGAAAGGUUCUUCGCUCUACAACAGUCUUCCUCUCAGAUGCAGAGGACGAAUAUGAUGAUGAACAGAGUGUGAAAAAGAAAAGGAGAAAAAGUGAGAUUGCCAAGGAAGAGGUGGAGAUCAAGCAGGAGAAGCAAGAUUUAGAUCUUGAUCUGCAGUUAGAGGCACAAGCAGACCCACCUACCCCUCUUUCAAUCACAGUCGAUCAACAGGGUGUUCCAGCUAGCAUCUUGCAGUCACUGCCCAUUUCCUUGUCGUUAGCUCCACUUUCUACCCAGUUAUACAGUCCAUAUGUACUGUCACUUCCUUCAUCAGUUAUUGGGGUUGGAGUUUCUGAAGGAGAUCGGGCUAAAAUAGCCUUUUCAAACGCUCAUACAGUUACUCGACCAGUAUCAGCACUUUCAGACCCUCUUAAUGCACCUUCAACCACACACUCGUUCUUAUCCAAUGGUAAUGAUUGUGAGUCUGCUUUAGACCUGAGCAUGGGGAAAAACCACAGCUCUACAAUAUCAUCUGUCUCCACCGCUAACAGGAACUCUAUACAGAAAAGUCAUUUGCUUGAUGGUCUGGGAUUAAGACCAACCACCGUUGGUGUUCCUACAGAUGGAGGUCUCAUUGUUGUUCAGGUGAAGCCAGAUGCUGCCAUAGCUAUCCCAUCUUCCGCUAACAGUACUUUAACAAAUCGCAAUAAUUUGGCUAAGACUAGCACUGUGUACAUGAGGGCAGCAGAAAAAGUUAACACAUCACUCAUCGAAAGGGAAAAAGAGAAGGAACGAGAAAAAGAGCUGGAUCAAAAGAGGCCAAAAGUCAGAAGGUUCAGGGACAUGAGACGCUCCCGGACCAUCAUCCAUGCUGACCAACUUGAUAUUCUCUAUGGAUGUUAUUUCAAAGAUCCAAACCCAGGAAAACAUGAAUUUGAACAAAUAUCUGAGUGGGUGAACCUUCCAAAGAAAGUGGUUCAAAUCUGGUUCCAGAAUAUGCGGGCUAGGGAGCGAAAGGGAGAGGUCCGUUUUAUUAGUGAUGGCACUUUGGCAGCUGUUGGAAAACCACUAAUCAAGUUCACCUGGCCACUCUCAAAGCCAAUAUUUUCAACCCCUCCUAAAUCCAACCCCAGUCCCUCUACUGGCUGGACCUCUGCAAAACCUCAAACUGGAAAUAUUCUUCCAAAGAUUGAGAAGUUGAAAGAGGUCAAGGAACCCCUGAAAGCUCCCCCUCAAGGUCCAAGUAGACCAAAUCAGACUACUUCAUUCACUGUGGUGUCUACGAGUCCAUUAAUUCAAAAGAUCAAAACAGAAGUAGCUCCCAUUACAAUGGUUAAAAUAGCCCCUAAGACAGUGGCUACCCCAGUUGCAGUUCCUUUGCUUGUCAGUGGAAUUCCUACAUCUCGAUCUGCUCCAAAAAGGAAGGUUGAAGAGGUACAAGCAGAGUCUGAACAUACUGAUGAAGAGGAUGACCAUUACCAGGGAGGGCUCGAGUCUGGAGCUACAAACCUUAUGGUGCCAAAAUUGACCACUACGCCAAUUAUCAAGCCUGCUGCCUUGGCUUCUCAGAAACAAAAUGGGCUCAAAUAUUGGCCUCAGAAAGGUCCAUUCAAAAUAAACACCCUCUCAAGAGAACAGUUAGGCCUCAGCUCACAGCGGCCUACACCCACUACCACCCCCACUACGCCAUCCCCUCUAACGGUUACGGCAUCCCCUAGUCAAAGCCAAAAAGAAAUAAGUUACAUGCAGCAGAACUCCACCCCAAGACGACCUCGAACCCACCUAACCAGUCUUCAGCUGUCCAUCCUGCAGUCCUGCUAUGAGACGUGUGCUCAUCCUAAUGCAUUGGAGUGUGAGGCAGUUGGAACAGAGCUUGGGCUUCCACUAAAGGUUGUGCAGAUAUGGUUCCAAAAUACUCGUGCCAAGGAGAAACGCUGGAGGCUACAGCAAGAGAAAAUGUCUCCUAAUCCCACUGACCCUUCUAAGAAGAUCGAUGUCAGCUCUGGUAGCUACCUACAGUACAAUGCUCUUCGAGCCAACCGUCCCAUCCUGCCCAAACCUGUACAGCUGACAGUUGUGGAUCCCGCUCCAUCAUACAACAUCGGUCAGACAGCAGUCCGUGAGACUCUGAUAGGCAAGUGCGAUGCCUGUGGAGCUGAAUUUGAAUCCAGGGCCGCAGCACGUGAUCAUGUCUUCUCGGCUAGACAUCUUGCCACUCUGAGAACCACUAACUUUGGUCUACAAGCAUCAAUGGUCAGCAAUGGAUCUGGUACGGGGUCUGUCGGUGUUAUCAGCCAGUCCUCUACUCCAUCACCAGCUAGCAGCUCCAGCUAAAACAAUAAAGUUAAGCUGGUGUACUCUGCGGACCCACCAGACUUGUUGGCUUUCAAUAGACAGAAGAUGGGUGCUGGUGUUUUAAGCUAAUCUUCUCCUGAGGCUCGAAAAUCGGAGUGGCCCAGAUGACUCUGGCCAUCUUUGCCCUCUCUCCUUGGAUAUCAGCGAGACAUUCUUAUUAUACAGAGUCUUUGCUUACAGGGCUCCUUUUAAUGACCUAUUGCCACAGCAUCAUUUUACUAUGAAUAAUCUACUGAAAUGAUAAUCAUGGACAUGCUAAUGCUUGUGUGAUUAUGGUCCGUCUUUCACGAUUUCAUCUCGGUUUAGACUCUUAUUAAGUUGAGUAAUAUUCUACUCACAUUUACACAAAACACUUUGUUUAAUUGGGAGAAUCUAUGGUAAUGAAGCACCCAAAAACUCAACCAAAGUGCUCUGGGUUGUCAAUUAUGUUUGUGGUACUGAUUUAUCCUGUUUUAAAGCCUAUAUAGAAGAGUCGUUUCUAAGCUGAUUUAUCUCCAUUUGUCUUGUUAAUUCAAAGAAAUUUAUUCUGUAAAGAGAGGUUUUCCUUCUGGCUCAGUUGACACAAAUGUCUAGACUAUGCUAACAGUUGAUGGCAAUGAAAUGGAAAGGCAGAAAUAGUGCGCAGUCUGGAUUAUGGAGAGUUUGGGAGAGUUUUUUUGGAUUCAGAUGCAUUAAAUAAGGAUGAUUUUUAAGCAACCAUCAUGACAAUCCUAUAGCCAUCAGCUGAGCUCUCGUUGAAAGAUGUCAGAUGGUCAUCAAACAGCACUUUGACCCUUUUUAAAUCUCAAACUUUUUUUUUUUUAAGGUUUUCGUGUUCCGCAAAAUAAAGUUUUGUUGUAUGGUGAAAUCUUACUGUAUGUCAAACUAUAAUGAAGUAUUAAUCAGCUUUUAAUGUUAUUUUUAAAGGGUUUGCAUUGCACAUCGUUAAACACAGACAAAAAAUGGAUCAGACCCAGCCGCUGUGCACGAAGCCAAAGUCAAGUCUGUACUUAACACAAUUUUAUAUGGAUUUGUGGGAACAUCGAAAUUAUAUUCCUUUUACCCUCUGGAUAAACUGUUUGGUUUGAAUUUUUAGGGACUAACUCCAGCUUAUCUUUAUGAACGAAACACAAAAGUCAUUUAUUUAUGCUAAAAGCAUUUUUGAGUUAUGGGAGAGAGUUGUCAUUUUUUUUUUUUUUUCUUGUUCUUUCAUGGAGCAUUUUGUGUUGCAACAUAAUAUUUUCCUUACAAACCACCUGGAGAGAAGACAGGGUGUUUUAGUGGACCGGGAAACUUUUCAUCAGGGCAACAGGAGGUGCAAUUUGAAGGACGUGAAAUACUAAAGACGAUUUUUCCUUUUUGGUUUAUUUUGUAUAUUAUUAUUAUUGAUACUAUUAAUACUUUAACAAAAUGCAAAACUAAAAAAGAUUUUUUAAUGAACUAUAUUAAGAAAAUGAUAUUCCAAAGUUAUUCUUUCUCUUGCUUUGUCUCAGUAAAGAAACCAAAUAGCAAUCUUGAUUGGAAGUGUUCAUAAUGCAAGCCGCAAAGGAGCUCCCAUGCCUUGGCACUUUGAGCUUGUCCGGGGUUUAAGCAUGAGCUACAGAUAAAUGCAUUUCAGACAACUCAACUUGGAACACUUGAAGUUCAUUGAAACGUUUCAGUUUUUUUUUUCACGAUAUCCCAGCAAAUGCAAGGUGUUUUUUUUUUGUUAAACUUAGUGUCGAGUUGUAGCUCAUAUGAACUGAAAAUGGACUGGGUUGUUUGUAGUGCAGUGCUGCAGGACGUGGGAUCACACAGUGUUGCACUGUUCAGAGUAUAUUGGUAGAGUAUGGAGAAAUGCUUUUAUAUUAUCUUUUCACUUUUCCAUUGACACUUGAUUAUCACUUGUUAUAACUGUACUACUUACUAUUUUUCAGUACUUUCAUCACUUUUGAUUAUUAUUGAUUCAUAACCGUUUUGAUGGCAUCUCAGACUUAAGAGAUGUCAUUGAUAUGAAUAUUGAACAAUAAUGGUGGCAGUCUUGUUAUGAAAUUAGAUUAUUGAUUAAGCUUGUUUUCCCCUCACUUGUACCUUCAUUUUGUGUUGGUUCUCCUUUUUUCUUAUGCAGAAAACAAAUAAACUGAAGUUCAUGUA